CUCACUUCCUCGUUCACCUUCUCACACUUCUUUGUUCACUUCAGUCCGUCAAACCAUCAAACCUUCAAACCAUCAACUCAAGUCUACUUGUUCGCCUUUGUCGAUUGUUCGACAACGGGGACAAUUGUUCACUCUCUUACACCAUCGUAUUAUUGCCCCUCGACAAAGACGAUAGUUCUACUUAUUUCUACUAGACAAGAAGGCCUGGUCUCCCACGCGCCGGUGCGCCGUACUUUUUCGUCCAUCAGGAAAUCCACAUACGAAUUCGUACUUUCUCUUCUUACGCAAGUCGUCAAACUUCACUUAAUCAUUCUACUUCCUUCUAGAACACGUCACGGAUAUUGAACUAUUAGGUACAAUCUGGUUGUUGAUCGAAACAAUACUCUUCAAUUCCCAAGACAUAAAAAACCAUCGAACCCUUUCUUCCACUUCAAACUCUUUGCAUUCUUAUUUUUCUAUUCUAUUCUCGCAGGCGAGACACCCAAGUCAAUUUCAGACAGAGUCUCAUAAACCAUUACUGCAAUUUACGUUAUCCAAGAUGUUGUCGAGCAACAUUUUGAAGACUGUCACCCUGCUCGCUGCUGCUGCGCCCGCAGUCAACGCCCACUCCUGGGUUGAGCAGGUCCGCCAAAUCGACCUUACCGGCGCCUUCACUGGCAACGUGGGCUAUCCCAUCGGCUACAUGAACCGAUCAGCUCCCAACUUUAACGACAGCUUGGCCCAGAACAAGAUCUUGAACACGGCGACUAACCCGGCUGUCUGCAAGCCCAAGGCCGGUGCUUACGACAAGGUCAACCGUCUCAGCGCAGCUGCUGGCGACUACGUUGCCCUGAUUUAUCAGGAGAACGGUCAUGUCACCCAGCCGAACCUGACCCCUCGCCCGUACCGAGAUGGUAUUGUCAACGUCUACGGCACUCUUAACCACCAGGACUCUGAUGGCAUUAACGAUGUUCUCAACUCGUGGACCGCCGAUGGAAAGGGUGGAAACGGCAAGGGCAAGCUCCUCGGAACGCACUACUACGAUGACGGUCAGUGUUACCAGAAUGCCGGACACAACUUCGCCAUUCCCAUCUACGCCUCUCGCUUCCACGAGCACGGACUCGAGGAGCUUUACUGCCAGACCGACUUCCAACUUCCCGAAGAUCUUCCCGACUCUGGCACUUACACCGUCAUGUGGGUUUGGGACUGGCCUCUCAUCACCACCGACACCCAGAACACGACCGAGAUCUAUACUUCGUGUGCCGAGAUCGAACUUGGCCCUGCCAAGAACAGCGCUAAGAACGCUCAGGUCAAGUAUGCCGGUAGCAACAAGAUCCAAAGUGCCGGUAUCGCAUCUCAGCUUGCUACCCAGUUCGAGGCUACUGGUCUGGGUAUCGGUACCCACGCUCCGCUGGCGGGACCAAGCAGCGCCGCAACGUCUGCUGUGGCUACAAGCGCUUCUGCCGAGCCUACCUCCUCGUCGACGAAGAAGCACAAGGGACAUCAGGGAGGUGUCACAACAGUUACUGUUACCGCAGCGGCUAUGACAACCACGGCAUGGAAGACCGUUACUAUUGAUGCAGCCGGAAGUGGUAAGCAUCACAAGUCCUCAGCUGUCGCCUCUGCGUCGGUAGGACAGGCUUCAAGCUCUGCUUCGGCUUCGGCCUCGAGUUCGGCAUUAGCUUCGGCCGGUGCCUCUUCGACUGGCAGUUCUUCAGCCGCACCUACAACUGUCGUCCCCGUCAGUACGAUCUCCAAGUUUCUUCGAGCUCGAGCCACAGGACAGGCACGCCGGGAUGACCAAUCCUAAGGGCGCAAAUAUCUUAACCCUCACAGGAUCAUGACACUUAUGACGUUUCCGUUUAUUCUUUUAUGAUACCCCAUUCUCUAUAAAAUCAA